AUGUGGAGAGCACAAGUGAAAGAUAUGGACAUGAUGGUUGCACCAGUCCAGAAUGUGAAGGGCUUGGAGGUGCUGUCCUUGUUCCUUUCUGCAUUGGCAAGGAGGAAGGUGACUGCGACUCUGCACUCAGAGGGUUGUUGGGUAGUAAAGUCAUACCUACUGAUGAGGACACUGCCAGAGGGUCUGGGAGUACAUCAGCAAGAGUAUGCAACAUGGAUCAAGAAGACACACAAAUCACUGUUCAGUUCUGAGGUACAGAAUGUCCAACUGGUCGAUCAUGACAACAUGGAAGUUUUUUGCUUGUGA